CUGGGCUGCUCUGUCACCUUCCACCAAGGAGAGAGCGUCAGCAUGGUCAAGCUCAUAGAGCAGGCGCGACACACGACCUAUGGCAUCCGCAAAUGCUUCCUCUUCCUGCUGCAGUGUCAGCUCAGUCUGGUCAUCAUCCAGUUCUUAGCCUGUCUGGCUCAGCUUCCUCCUCCAAUGAACACCACUGACAUCCUCUGGCUGUCCUGCUUCAGCUGCCCACUUCUAAGUGUGUCACUUCUGGGGAAGCCUCCAGACACUUCAGUCAUGGCAGUUGCCACAGGGAAGAACCUAGAUACCAUUCCAAGAAAGACCCAGAACUACUUCCUUGGCUGUUUCCUGUUGAAGUUUGCUCUGACAGUGUGUGCCUACCUGUUGGUCUUUGGGUUUACACUGCAGGAGGUCUGCCUAAGCAGAGGCAACAACACCACCAUCACCUGCCACAUACUCACAGCCAGACCUGAAAUCCAGAGCUUCCACCAACUAAGGUUGGAACACAAGUGGGGUCUCCUCAGGGAUACUUUUUCCCAGGGGUCGUCUGGCUCCAGUUCAGAUGCAAGGAUCAAGGUCAGAAUCGCUCGUCUCCAGCUGGAAGCAUAG